GCAGGAGGCGGGGCUUCUUAGAAUACGGGUUGGAGAACAGAACAAUCGUGUUGGAGCAGAGUAACGACGCCGUAUAGCGACUGUAAUUUUAUACAAACAGAAGGCAGCACUCUUCAAAAGAAGGCAGGCCCAACCAUGGGGAAGUCUCUGUUUUCUUUGCCAAAGCAAAAAGAGGACCAGGAGAACCUGACUGAAAACACAGAGUCUCACACUGAGGACAAUAAACAUGAUGUGUCACAGUUUCCAUAUGUUGAAUUCACAGGCAGAGACAGCAUCACCUGUCCUACUUGUCAAGGGACGGGGAGGACACCUAGAGACCAAGAAAACCAGCUAGUUGCUUUGAUUCCAUACAGUGACCAGAGGCUGAAGCCAAGACGAACGACAUUGUACGUGUCUUUAUCAGUCGUUCUGUGUCUGCUACUUUCUGGUUUGGCUGUGUUCUUCCUGUUCCCUCGGACUAUUGACGUCUCUUAUGUUGGGGUGAAGUCAGCCUAUGUCGCAUACAAUCGAGACCAGCGGAUAAUAUAUAUAAAUAUCACGAAUACUCUGAACAUCACCAACAAUAAUUACUACCCAGUACACGUGGCCAACAUCACAGCGCAGGUGCAGUUCUACAAGACUGUGAUUGGAAAGUCUAUCGUCAGUAAUGUCACCAGUAUCACCCCUCUGGAUAUGCGUCAGGUUGAUUACACUGUUCCCACCAUCAUAGCAAAUGAGAUGAACUACAUAUUUGACUACUGUACCAUGCCAUCAAUUAAAGUGCAUAACAUUGUUGUCAUGAUGCAGAUGACUGUAACGGUCAUGUACUUUGGCCACGCUGAGCAGGUGUCUCAGGAGAAGUACCUGUACGUGGACUGUGGAUCAAACACUACAUCUUCACACGGACACAUGAGUGUGAUACAGUGAUGUUCCUCUGUAUGAACCACAGUUCCUCACGUUCCCAUGUGGUGAAACAAAAACCUGUUCUGAGUGUUACAAAUGGCAGAAGAUGAAGUCUGUACUGUAGGGAGAACACGUCAGGACUGAUCAGCACGUUUCAGCCAGAGCACUGAUGUCUUUCUACACC